GGCUCCUGAUUGAGAGCAGUCUCCAUUAGGUCAUUUCAACGAACCGUUCAAAGACUCAACUCGUUCGCGAACGACCCAUUACUACUUGACAUCCAUCGUGAGCACAGUGUCUUCAACAGUAUGGCGUCCGAAGAGCUCGCUAGGAAGCUACAGUCACGGCUGGCCGCUUCGGAGGACACCGAGCCGAAGCCAGAGCUGGAGGAGAACCUCGCCGCAACCAAGUUUACAGAGUCCUCGGCAGCAUGUGGCGACUCUUCCUCCGAGCUAUCCGCCAAACUAAACCGAAGGCUCGACAUCAACGAGGGCAACGCUCCCCCUCGGGCGAGUCGUGUUUUCAACCCCUACACGGAAUUCAAGGAGUUCUCCCGGAAGCAGAUUAAGGACAUGGAGGUGAUGUUUAAACGGUAUGACACUGGUAAAGAUGGCUUCAUCGACCUAAUGGAGCUUAAGCUGAUGAUGGAGAAGCUGGGGGCUCCACAAACCCAUCUGGGCCUCAAGAACAUGAUCAAGGAGGUUGAUGAGGACUUCGAUGGAAAACUGAGCUUUCGAGAGUUUCUGUUGAUCUUCCGGAGGGCAGCAGCUGGAGAGCUGCAGGAGGACAGUGGUCUGAUGGCACUGGCCAGGUUGUCUGAGAUUAAUGUCGCCACAGAGGGAGUGAUGGGGGCCAAAGACUUCUUUGAAGCCAAGAUGCAGGCUCUGUCUGUGAGCAGCAAGUUUGAGGCUGAGAUUCGAGAGGAGAAGGAAGAACGCAAGAAACAGGAAGUGGAGAAAAAAGAGAGGCAGGCCGCCUUCAAGCAGCUGCAGUCGGCAUUCUGCUCAUGAUACUGCACAGGAAGCUGACGGCAAUCCUGAAGAUGCAUGUUCCAUGUUCAACACAUUCAAAAAAAAAAAAAAAAGCAUUCACAGUACUUUGAUUCUUAAAUGAUAUUGCUCAGAAUUUGGCACUUUAAAACACUGUUAGGUAGUUGUAUGAAGUAAGACCCACUUCAAAUGAAACCAUUCAGCACUGGUCCAAAUUCACGGGGUUAUCCCUCAGUUUACUCAGCUUUUCUCUAUUUUUUUUUCUUCUAUACAUGUCACUAUGUACUCGUAUUGCAUUUUGACCCUGAAGUGAAACUAUAUAUUCAUGUUGUCGUGUUUUCAGUGACUGCUGUUUAUGUUGUCCAACAUCGCUGGGUUGGCUUUGUUUCUCAUUUGGGUCUGGAAGAUGUUAUGUUCUACUACGGUCAUGUCGUUUCACUUUUUAAACUUAAUUCAAAUAACUGUAUAUUUAUGUGUUUGCGUGGAAAAAUAAUAUAUUUCAGUGAUUGCAGUACAGUAUACUGCCAUUGGAUUACUUGUGUGGAAGCAUUAGGUGGUAGUAGGCCUUAUGCAGUGUUGGCUCCUGACUUUAGCAUUUGCUCAUUUGCUAAGCUUUGUGAUUAAGUUGUUUAUUAAUGAGGACAUAUUCCAGAAUAAUUAUUUGUCCAGUCCCAAGGCUGCUCCGAACAGGGCUGUUUUCGAGAACGUUGUAAAUGUGCUGCAAUUCCUGAUUUUUGUUAUUUUGACCAAAACAUGUCCGACACGUUAUCAAGACAGCUCGGAAAAAGCGUGACAUGGCUCCUUUUAAGGCUAAGAUUCAAUACUUAACACCAUUCCCCUUCAAAGUGUGUUUUAAGGUUGUAUCGUCACCAUUUUGUCAUUGCUGAAUGCUUAUCCUUAUUGCAGAUGUUUGAUUUUUAUUUUUUUGUGUGUGCAGAUUAAAAAGAAGAUAUCAUGUGUCAUCCAAACCAACCUUAGUUGUUUGUGUAUGUGUGUUAUAGUCAGUUUAAGUGCGCCCAACAUUUACGACUCCGCAAAUUGUAAUACAAGAGCAAUGAAGUAAUGGACAUGUAAUGUGAAAGUUAAAUGACAAGUCAUCAACAGCCAUGACUUACAGUAUCAGGCUCUCCAUCCUCCUUUUGUUCCUGGGUGUAUUGUGUCCCUCUAAAACAAAAUCUACUGUGCAUAUCACUUACUCUCUUGGGUGUUUUGUUGUGGGGAAAAAAAUGUAUUUUUUCAUAGAUAAAUAGUAUAUAUUUGUUUUAGCAGAGACUUGUAUGUUGCCAAACAUUAAAAUGUGCAGUGAAAUAUAUUUUUGGGCACCUGAAAAGAUGUAAUCAUACUUCCUAACAGUUGGGGGUGUAUUUCAAUAAAGGAUUGAAAGCACA